AUGGGAUGUGGAAGUACAAGAUUUUAAGUUUAAGGAAAUUAACCUCUUUCAUAAAAAAACAAAAAGCUCAAUAAAUUUUAUGAAACCAAAGAAAUCGGAAUAUAGACUUCCUACAAUAAUUUGUAUGAUAAAUUAGAAAGCGAAAAACCUCCAACUCCUAAAUAAGUUAGGACAGAGGGAGUCAAUAUCCAUGUAAAACCAAUUAAUAACCCUGUUAUAAGGAGAAAUACUAUGAGGCAUGAAUCUACUAGGGUUUUGAAGAAAAAGAGUAGCUUUUUCCAUUAAAAAGAUAAUGAAUAGAACAAAUCGAAAGACUCAGAUAUAUUUAGCUUCGAUAACAAUAAUGGAGGGAAAACAGGAUAGCUUGAAAAAUCAGAGUAGCUACAGGGUAAUAAAUAGAAUAGUAAUAAUUCAUAGGAAUUUGACUCUCCGUUCGGAUAGCAAAGGAAUAACGACAGUGAAAAUAAAAUUGAUAUUUAGAAUUUAAAUAGUAAUAACAAUAGCAUUUAAAAUAGUGUAGGAAGGGAUCAUUUAAACUCACCAUCCUUAGCUAAUUAGACAGCUAAUUUUUUUAAAAAUGGAGAAAAUGAUAAUUUCAGUAGUAGGGAGUAUAAUAAUUCAUCACCUUAAAUAUUUUCAAAUAAUAUAAUACCUGAAACAGCAAAUAAAAAUAUAAUUGAGCGUCAAAAUAAUCGUACGCCUACCUUGAGUAAGCCAAGCUCGUUGAUAAACCCUACAUUUAGUAAUGACUACAUUUUGGUAGGAGGAAUAGCAACUGAGUAGAAUAUUAGUGGCUUAGGUAAUGGUAUAAUAGUGAAUCAUAGCAAUUAAUAUGGUAAGUAAUUAAGCUAAAUCAGUGAAGAAAAAGAAAUGAGUUUACUUACUAACCAUAUAAGAAGGACUAAUUAAAAAAAAAGUUCGAUAAAAGUAGAUAAUGAUUCAAACAAUAGCUAAUCUGAUAAUAAUUUAGUAUAAGGCAAUGCCACGAGUAGAGGCUCUGCAAAUAUUACUACGGCAGAUUAGACUAGCCCUUAGAAUUGUUAAGGUUUGAAUGGGACAAUCAUUAAUGCUAUUGGAAAUUACAACAACAAUGCUUUUAAUAAUUAAAAUAAUAUCUUGCAAAAAGAAAUUACUUGUAAUCAAAAUAAUUAAAUCAAUGCUAAUACUAAUAAAGCUGCUUGUGCUAAGGAGUAAUAAAAUGAUGUAGUUUUUAAUGAAAAUAAUACAAUUUAAAUCUCGACUUAAAUAAAUAAUAAAUCAAAUAAUUUGAAUAAAGAAGAAAAUGAUUAAAAUGAAGAAAAAAUAAAUAAAACAUAAUCUCAAGAUCCUUCUAUGCCUUUAUAAUAAUAGAAAUCUAAUGGAUCUUUUAGGAUAAAAAAAAAUAUGAAUACAAAAAGUGUUUCUGUGCAUACAAGUCCAAAUGAAAUAAUUGAAAAAAGCUACUAAAAAUAAAAUAGCUUACAUAAAAAUGAAAUACUCAACUAAAAUACCAUAAGAUAAAACAAUUUCUAUAACAAUUAACAUGUAUCAAGCCACGAUUUUGUCCCGAUCGAAUAGCAGAAUAAUCCUGUGAUGCAAUCUAGAGAUGAGCAACAUUCAAAUAUAUUCUUUAAUAAUACAACUUCUCCAAAAAAAUAAAAUACUAUAAAUAAUACACCAUAAAGUAAUCAAAAGAGUAGUAUUAAUUUAAUAGAUUAUGUAAAGAAUCAAUAGUUAGCUUAGAGAGAAACAUUCAGAAAUAAUUAGUAAAGUAUAUAUAAUCAUUUCAGACAGUUCAAGCAACCGUUAAAGUAAGACUCAGAUAAACUUAAUAAUAUUAAUCUUUAAGACGAUUACUAAAAUCUAUAGUCAGCAGGCUUAAAAUAAACAAGAAAGUUGUCAAGAUUAAAUCCCAGAAUGAGCUAAAAUAUAACAAAGUUUGUAUCACCUAAAACAAAUCUUAUCGAAUUUGUUUAAUAGAUGCAAUACAAAAGCUAGAGAAACAGCUCUGUUUCAUUGCAGAGUCCUUUUUUAUUUCAAAGUUAAUUUUAACCCUAAAACUAUUAUGACCAAAACAUGGAAAUAGAUGGACUUUCUCCUAUUAGUUCAAACGUAAAUCCUAAUUUUAGAGGUGGAUACGAUUACGAUGUAGAAGAUGAAGAAGUAGCAAGACAAAUGGAAAAUGAUAAGUCUAAUAUGAAUAUUGCUAGCAUGACAAACUUUUAAAACUCCAAUAAUUCUAGCAGUUAUGAGGAACAAAGAGGUGCUUACUCUCCUUACUCUAAAGAAUAAUCUUAAACAAUAUCUGUUUUACCUUCUAUAAUUAAUGGGUCAGAAUUUUGCGAUAACUCUAAAAUAGAUUUUGAUAAAUAUGAUAUAGAAUACAUAGAUGGAUAUGAUGGUGUGUACAAAGGCUAAAAUAAUUUGCUAUCUUCUAAAUUACAGCAUUCAUAAAUUUUAAAUAGUUAGCUAUUCUCAUAAUAGAAUGUAGUAUUGCCAAGCAGUAUUGCAAAUAGCUAAUCAGUUUAUUAAAAUUCUAAAACUCAACCAAGCAAUAAAUAAUUACCUUCUUAAUCCGGGAUCCAUAGUUAAGUUAUAGGUUCUAUGAAUUCUCUAAAAGUAAACUCUCCUCAACUAACAGGUCUCAUUUAUUAAAAUAUUCCAAAUUUACAAAAAAGAUCAGUAAGUGCAGCUCCAAAUUAAUCUUAAAUGUUAAUUUCAAAUCAACAAUAAAAUGGAAACGCAAAUCCUCAAUUUAAAAAAGUUUUUAGUGAAUUUGACUCUUCUCCCAUAUCUUAAAAUUAGUUUAGCCAUAAAUAUUCAUCAAAAAAAGUAUCAAAAAAAGAAUCUAUUAGCCCAAAAACAGAUGGAAAGUAAAUACUAAAUUUUACUUAAUCUUCAUCUACUCACAACCAAGCUUAAACUUCUUUAAAAGAUUUAUAGUAAGGAAAAUAACAAAUUUAAAAUUAGAACUAAGAAGAUUAAUAAAAUCUAAAUAAGAACUAAAAUUCUAAAUAGAUCAAUUCAAAUUAUAACUUUGGUCAAAUCUCUUCUUCUUAAAAUAUUGCAUAAUAGGGUCAGAUAUAACAAUAACUAUCAUUAUAAUAACAAUAAUUAUAAUUGUAAAAACAAUAACAAUAGUAAUAGCAAUAAUUUUAAUAAUAAUUAUAAUAGUAGUUUACUUAUGAAACUAAUUAAAAAUUGUAUAGUUAAAAUUCUAAUUUAUUGAAUCAAAUGAUAUAACAGUCUUAAUUGAAUAACUAAAAUCCCAUUUAGCUAAGAAAGCAGAGCUCUUCAUCUCGACGCUCUAACCAAAGUAUACACUAACCUAAUAGAGGUAUAGAAAAUAAAAAUAACUAGACAAGUAAUACAAAUGAAAGCAAAUCGAGUGUAAAUCAAAGUAGUGGCAAUGGCUUUUAUAACUCCUCUGAUAAAAAAGGAGUACCUUUAAUUAAAUCAUUAGAAAAUAAGAUAAGAAAUAGCAUAAAUAGCAGUCCUAGUAAAAAUUCAUCCAAUCACCUUUCACCAACCUAUGCUACUGAUAAAAAAUUUGUCAGAAGUAGUAAUAGAAAAACAACCAUGGAGGUCAAAGAUAUUAUUCGAAAGCGCUCUGAUUCCAGUUUAAGUCAGAAUUCAAAUGAUUCUCUUUUAACAAAUUAAGAAAAUAUGCUAUAAAAAGAAAAGCCCUAAGCUACUGCAUCAUAAUUUUAAAAACUGUACAAAGGCAAUACAAAAGAAAAUGCAGAAAUUCAACUAAAUUCAAAUUAAGAAUUGCUAACAAAUGAUCAAGUGGAAUUUAAUAACUAGGGAUAAGCUCAGAAUAAUAAGAAAUAAGAUUAAGUAAAUCCUGCUUAAAUCGCAAAUAAACAAAGUAAUAAUACUUCAGUAAGCAGCAAUCAACAAAACUUAAAUAAAUUAAAUAGUAAUGAAGUUACUAAUAAAAAUAGCUCUAAAAAUACUACUAACUAAACUCCAAAAGAAUUCACAACCUCUAACAGUAAUAGCUCUUCUGCUUAACAGACACCCUAAAAUAAACCAAUUAAUCUCAUUUAACUUGCUAAAUAAAAUGUCUAAAUAAGCUAGUAAGGUGAUUAAAUCAAGCAACAGUAGCUAUAUUUGUAGCAAUACCAAUAAUAGCUAUAAUAAAAAAUAAUAAAUAACAAAAAAACAAACUUAAUUGUUUUAUAAAAUCCAACUUUACUAAAUUCUCUGUAUAAUAUAUCUGAAGAACCUAAUGAACAGUAUACUGAUAUGCAAAGUAAAUCAAAUUUCGAUUUUGCAUCUUCUAUAAAUGGUCGCUCUCAAUUGCUUGAUUAAACAUAAAAUAAUAAUUCUAAUUAUAAACCAACUUAAAAUUUACUUUUAAGCAAUUUCUCACUUUAGACCUAAAAAGAUUUAAAUAAGAAAGCUAGUAUAGAAUAAUUUCCACAUAAUUUAAAGAAUUAGUAAAACACAAUUACUUAGCCUUCAGUUAGUAUUUUACUAGAAAAUAACUCAACUAAUAAUGCAAUUUAAAGCUAAAGUAUUGUUAACCAAAACCAGACAGUGAAAAAUAUAUCAAGUUAUGGAAAGGAGAUUUUUUCUGAUAAAUAGAAAGUAACUUAGAGUACUCAACAAAUUACAAAUCAUAAUGGAUAACAAAAAGACUAAAAGAAUUAAAAUUUAUUAGAUCUCUUAACAAAUAACAUAAGUGAGUAAAAAGAGUAGAGUUAAACAACAAAAGAUUUAUAAAAAACAAACUAACUAACUUAACAAAAAGCUUAAAUAAAUUAGCAUUAAACAACUAAUCAUUAAACACAAUAAAAAUCUACAGUCACAGACAAAAUUUAAAUUAUAUCAGAACCAAUAUAGACAAAAAAUGAUAUAAAAACUUAACCACAAAUAGCUUCAAAAGAAAAAGUUGAGAGCUAGUCAAUUCUUAUUUCAAAUAUUCUAAAAAGUUAGGAGGAAAUAAAAAAAGAAACUGAAUCAGCCAGUACAGAUAUGACAACUAAAAAGUAAGAAGAGUAGGCUUCUAAAACUAGAAUUUAAGAAAUUAUCUAAAGAGAGAAAAAGAGAGAGAAUUCACAGAAGAAAAUUUAAUAAAUCACACAACCAACUUAGUCAAAAUCAAAAAUGAAUUUCUCUUAAACUCCUUCAAUGCUUCCCUAAAUGUCAACUAAAUUGAGUAAUAAUAAUUUAUCUGUAAACUCAACAGUUCUUAACAGUUCAAAUGUUUUGCCAAGUCAAACAUCGUAAUCAAAUAAAAAAGAUAAGUAUCAAAAACUUUCGAAAGCAAAUACAGCAAACAUUUCUAAAAAUUUAAGUUAUAGCAUGCUGUAAGAGUAGCAUAGUGUAUUGGAGACAAGCAAAUUAGAUAAAUCGGUAAAUGCUGAUGGAUAAAAAUAAAUAAAUAACUACAUUAUUCUCAAAAAUAUUGGACACGGAGCAUUUGGAAAAGUCAAAUAAGUAUUUGACACUAAUACUAAAAAACACUUCGCAGUCAAAAUCAUCAAUAGAGACAAGCUAAUGAAGAAAAAGUUAGAUAGAAACAAGAGUGCAUUUAGCUUGAUUGAAAAAGAAAUAGCUAUCUGUAAAAAAAUGGCACAUCCUAAUAUAGUUAAGUUGUAUGAAUAUAUUGAUGAUCAAGAUGAAGCCAAGAUAUAUAUGAUUAUGGACUUAUUGAAAAAAGGUAGUAUAAAUUCUAAAUCUUAUUGGAAAACAGAAAAAGGAAAAGAAUAUAAAGAAACGGAAAAAUAUAAUAUGUCAGAGUAAAAGCUUAAAAAAUACUUUAGAGAUUUUUUACUUGGACUUGAUUAUUUGCAUAACUUUGUGAAUGUUGUUCAUAGAGAUAUCAAGCCAGAUAAUUUAUUGAUUGGAGACGAGGAUUAGCUAAAAAUUGCUGAUUUUGGAGUAUCCUAAAUGUUUGAAGGAGAGAAAGACGAAUUAAACAAUGAUAAUGGAACAAAGUGCUAUUUAGCUCCAGAGGCAUUUACCUCUAACGGAUUUAAUGGAAGACCUUUAGAUAUUUGGGCUGCUGGAGUAUCAUUAUAUGAAAUUUUUACAGGAAGCAGACCAUUUAAUGGAAGGACGUUGGAAGUUCUUAAAAAAAGUAUUUUAGAAACUGAACCUAACUAUCCAAGUAACAUGUCACCUGAGUUUGUAAGUAUGCUUUAAAAAUGUCUAAACAAAGAUCCAAAGAAGAGAGCUGAUGUUUAAGCCCUAAUAGUAGAUGAUUGGGUUACUGAUAAGGGAUAGAAUCCAUUAGAAUUUCCUAUUUACGAAGGAGAUUUCCAUGAUAUUAAAGACGACGAAUUAAAGAAUGCCAUUACCAAAUCUUUCUUAAACAAAAGGGUAAACAUUCAAGCCAAGUUAAAAGAGAAAAUUGUAAAAACUAGAAUAAAUAUAGAAAAGAAGAAAAGCUUUUAAAUAGAAGAAGAUGUUAAUAAUAAUACUCUUAAUGUAAAUAAGCUAUGA